AUGCGAUACUCUCCGAUUUCGAGGAGUCGGAGAACCAAUCGAUGGCAUAUCAAAUGCCUGAUUAGAUCCGUACAUAAUCACUCAUCGCCUCUCGUUGACAUCAAGAAUGGUACAUUCUACCGUUCCUAUCCCGCUUCGGUACAUCCGACAGCCGGAGACCAGGUUGAGUCCAACAUAGACCCAACAUUAUUCUCCGGGCUAAACUACUCGAUCCCUUCAUUCCCACCUGAAAGACAAAACUGGUGUGUGCUAUCUACGUCGUCGGCAGCAAGGACCGCAUUCCUCCAUGUCCUUCAAGGUCAAUAUGUCUGCCUCCCGCCAACGGCGCGGACAUUUCCGUACCUCUCCUCCCCUGAGGUCACAGCAAAAGAUUCACGACUCCGGUCGCCUUCCAUCGCCAUCCAGUAUGUUGGAUUCGAUGCCUCUGAACGGAACGUAGGACACAGUAGCCUCCGCGGCGCCUACCUGAGCGCACGCUACGAGGCGCGGCGCGAGGUCACCGACUUCUCGGUGCGGAACUUCCUGACGGGGGACACGGAGCUGAAUCCGGACGAGACCCUGCUGGCAGAGUCACGGCCGCCUCAAGAGCUGCUUGAGGAUAUUGCGGAGCGGCUGCGGUUGAAGCCGUUGUUGGAGAUGCCGCUUAGUAAUCUGAGCAAUGGGCAGAUGAGGCGGACGAGGGUGGGCAAGGCGUUGAUGGGGAGACCGGAGUUGUUGCUGUUGGAUGGGCCGUUCAUGGGGUUGGAUCCGAGGACGGUGGUGAAGCUGUCGUCGGUGUUGCAGAACUUGGCGGAUCAUCGGAAUCCACGGCUCGUGCUGUCGUUGCGGCCGGACGACCUCAUUCCGGACUGGGUGUCCCACGUCAUGUUUGUGGGGGAUGAUUUCCGCGUGAUUUCCCAGGGGCCGAAAGAGGAGGUGUUCGAAUAUAUCCGCGUGCAGCAUGAAGCGAUCGGGCGACUUCAUCCGACCGGGGUAGAUCCGAAAUGGAGUCAGGUAUGGGAGCAACCUUCUAAGGACCCGAAAUAUGACCCGAUUCCGAAGACGAGCAUUGACGGAUUCACCUUGGAGGACACGACCCUUGCGCCGAUAGGCAAGCCGCUGGUAGAGAUGAAGGGCGUGAAGAUCAAGUACGGCGACCAAUCCACCGCAGUCCUCGGCAACUGGACCAAGAAAGUCGGCGGCAAGGAGCGCGAAGGGCUCUGGUGGACGGUCCGACAGGGCGAACGGUGGGGUCUCUUCGGACCCAACGGAUCCGGGAAGACCACUGUGAUCUCCCUCAUCACCUCCGACCACCCCCAAACGUACUCCGCGCCUGUCCAGCUCUUCGGUCGCUCCCGCCUCCCCUCCCCCGGCCAACCCGGCAUCUCCGUCUUCGACAUCCAAUCCCGUGUCGGCCACUCCUCCCCUGAAGUCCACGCCUUCUUCCCCCGCCACCUCUCCGUCCGCCGCACCAUCGAGUCCGCCUGGGCCGACGCCCCCCUCGCGAAACCCAAGCUCUCCUACGACCGCGACAAGCGCGUCAGCUCCGUGCUCCGCUGGUUCCAAGCCGAGCUGAACCCCGCCCUCGAGCCCCCGGCCUGGCAGCAAAGCAGCGACGCGGACGUGGGGUGGGCGGACGAGAUGAGGUUCGGGGCGCUUUCGUUCUCGGCGCAGCGGGUGGCGCUGUUCCUGCGGGCGAUCAUCGGGCGGCCGGAUCUGGUGGUGCUGGACGAGGCGUUCAGCGGGAUGGACGAGUGGGCGCGGGGACGGUGCCUGCUGUUCCUGGCGCAUGGGGAGCGGAAGAUCCAUCGGCGGGUGAAUCGGGAGCGGAUGAUGAGUGCGCGGGCGGGGGUGGAUGAGAGUGAUCUGGCGCGGUUGGGUAGGGUGACAGUGGAGGGGUUGGGGGCGGAGCAGGGGUUGAUUGUGGUCAGUCAUCGGAAGGAGGAGGUGCCGGGGUGUGUUCGGGAGUGGAUGUGUUUGCGGGAGGUGGGGGAGGGGCCGCCGAGGGUGGGGAGGUUGAAGGGGCCGUUGGAGAUGGGCCCGAAGAAGUGGUGGGAUGAGAUCUGGGGGGUGUGA